GAAGAUCGUCUCAUCCAUUCAACACUUCACAUGUAAAAAAAAAAUCCUCAUAUAUUAGAAAAUGGCAGAUAUAUUGGAAAUGCAUGACAAGGAGCCCAUCAUUGGAUUCAUUAACAUUAAGAAAUGGAAGUUUGGUCUAAGGGAGAUUAUUCUUGGUGUGAUCGCCCUUUUGCUCUUGUUGAUCUGCUUUAUAUUGUCCGGUUUGUUUAACAAAGUCAACAACGAGUUAGUGGCUUCAACAAGUCAAGCUUACCUAGACGAGCGUAUGUGUGUUGAUAUCGGCUGUAUGGAGACGGCCACCAGGGCCAUGGAACUACGGAGCAAAAGUGUUGACCCGUGUGAGAACUUCUAUGAGUACGCUUGUGGCAACUACCAGAAUGUGGCACCGGUUUACCUGGAUAGAGAUAUAGGAGGUGGGUACCGUUUGUGGAGAAUAGGAUUAGAUUCCCUUAUGCCAGAAGUGUUCUGGAAGAUUUAA